UGAAAAUACCCUUAAAUAACUUUGAUGUAACAUUUUUGAACUCAUCAUCACCGUCCAAUUCCAAACAGAUGAAAACAAAGAACACCAACUAAAACUGUCCUAUAAACCACCCUAAAACUCCCCUAACAAACUUAUAUAAAUCAACCCCAUUACUGUAUCUCCCGUCGCCUCUUCUCAUUUCGUUUCCUCCAACCUUCAUUACUAACUUUCCUUUCCGGCCGGCCACCACAUCUCUCCGGAACCGGGCGAAAAUGAGCUCAAUCACUCCCUUUCUUUCUCUUGCAGCCCCCACCACCACCUCCUUCACUUCGAAACCGAAGCAACUCUCAGUCUCUUCCAAGCCAACGACGUCGUGUUAUUGUUGCUAUUCGAAUAAUGGUUUGAAGCUGCGUGGGAGGAAGGGUUAUUUUGACAUUACCAAAAGAAAUGGAGGAGGGCUGUUUGUAUUUGCCCGUUCGACUACCCCGUAUGUCCGGAGAGUUGGGUGGCAAAGGCUUUCGUUUGGGUAUGAAACAGGUGGUGGGGCCACGCAAGUAGCAACGAAGGGUGAUUUGUCUCAGGUUUUGUCAGCGAUGCUUCCUUUUGUUGUCGCUGUUACUGCUGUUGCUGCUCUUGUUCAACCCUCCACUUUCACCUGGGUAUCUAAGGAUAUGUAUGCUCCUGCUCUUGGUGGGAUUAUGUUGUCGAUUGGAAUUAGACUUUCCUUUGAUGAUUUCGCACUUGCAGUCAAAAGACCUUUACCACUAUCUGUUGGACUUAUUGCACAGUAUUUGCUUAAACCGGCUCUUGGGAUUAUAAUUGCAAAGGCAUUUGGCAUGUCUCCGAUAUUUUACGCAGGCUUUAUCCUCACAUCUUGUGUUGCAGGGGCUCAGUUAUCUAGCUAUGCUAGCUUUUUGAGCAAAGGAGAUGUGGCAGUGAGUAUUCUACUCACUAGCUUUACCACCAUUGCUUCAGUGCUUGUCACACCUCUUUUAACUGGCCUUCUCAUUGGAUCUGUUGUUCCUGUUGAUGCUGUUGCUAUGUCGAGGUCUAUUUUACAGGUUGUUCUUGUUCCUGUCGCUCUUGGGCUUGUGCUCAAUACCUAUGCAAAACCUGUCAUCGCUAUCCUCCAACCUGUGAUGCCUAUUGUUGCUAUGAUCUGUACUGCCUUGUGCAUUGGUAGCCCUCUUGCCUUGAAUAGGAGUCAAAUUCUUUCAAAAGAGGGUCUACAAUUGGUUCUUCCUGUUUUGACAUUUCAUGCUGUGGCAUUCGCUAUGGGAUAUUGGAUCUUAAAAAUUCCUGCUUUCAGGCAAAGAGAAGAAGUUUGCCGGACAGUUUCAUUAUGCGCAGGAAUGCAGAGCUCCACCAUGGCAGGGCUUCUUGCAACCCAGUUCCUCGGAGGUAGUAGUCAAGCAGUUCCACCAGCGUGCUCUGUUGUUGCCAUGGCUGUUAUGGGUCUUUCUCUUGCCUCUUUCUGGGGCAAUGGUUUCCGUAUUCGAGACCUACCAUCACUACUCAUCCCAUAAACUGGCUCUGCUGUCCAGGCUUAAUGAAGCAAAACUCGAAACAUCUUUGGGGACUGAAACAAGCUAAUUUUAACGUGCAGAGAGAGAUGGUCAUGUUUUAACUGAUCCUCACAUGAACAUGAUCCUCCUCGCAAUGGAACAGCAAUAAUGGAUCCAGCGCAAGCCGGUCAAAAAUCAAAAUGUUGUACGGUAGUGAAAAAAGAAAUAAACAUAGAAAGCGGAAAAAUGACUGUACCUAGGAGUUACUAUAGUUAGAAAGGCGCUUUCUCUAGCUUCACCUUAAGGCGCUAACGUAUGUAUGUAUAGUAUAGAUAAGGUAUAUAAAUCACAAAAUAUUGUGCAUCAAUCUGGAUGUUCAGUCUCCCUUUCUCUCUCAUUGCCACACUCCCAAACAUUCACUGUAUCCAGGGGCAGGUCAUAGUGUUUCUUGCGCAGAAACGAUAAAGUGCUUUUAGUGGACGAGUUUUUAAGCUUCUCCAUAAUGAAGUCUCCUAUCAAGUCCAUGACAACAGUUGGGUUAAGUUCGGCUUGAUUUUGAGACAUGGAUUUAACACAGGGCUUACUUUGGUCACUUUUUUUUGUCCCAAUGGCAUGCAGAUUCAUGAUAUGAACAUAGAAAGCCAUGAACAAAGUUAAGACGCUGUUCGCCCAAUCCGACCUAAUACAUUUUAUUCAUGGGAAAAUUGUCAAGAAGUCAUUGGACAACAGUUACCAACAGCUCAAAGCCACAAGUUUAGGUUCUUCAUCUGAAUGGGGGUCAAUUGGCAUGUAAGACAGAACAAGAUUAACAACCCAAAAGCAAUUGGUCACUGUCAGGUUUUGAACUGUGAGGGUUUGAAUAGAAAAUUUCUGCUCCAUUCACGUUCCAAGCAUUCCAGUGAUGGGAGAAUAUGGUGGACCCUGGAAUAAAUUUCCAAUUUGGCACCGCAAUUAUGGGCUACAAAAAUGCUGUUUCAACUUUCAAGCAUAU